CCAAAUCGACAAACCCACCUCAGAAAACCAAGAUAUAUCAACUGGGUGUGUUUUAUUGUUCUCAAAUUUUGAAGGAAAAUCCAAAAUUAUCAGCCAUGGAAAUGGAAGCAGAAGAACAUGAAAAAGAAAGUCUUCACCCUGAGUUAGAGAACCAAAAGCAGAAAACUCCAGUAAAGGGUGUCCGAGAGUUGCUAUGGACACCCAUAAAUUGGUUCAGAAUGCUGAGUAGCGAGUUGCAUUGGAGCUUUGUGGUGGGUGUGCUGACUGUGUACGGCAUCAGUCAGGGUCUAAGCAUGGGACUGAGUAGAAUUAGCAUACAGUAUUACUUGAAAGAUGAUCAGAAAGUGCAGCCUUCUGAGGCACAAGUCUACUUUGGGAUCAUCCAAAUUCCUUGGAUUGUGAAGCCUUUCUGGGGUCUUCUCACUGACACUCUUCCUGUUCUUGGCUACCGCCGAAAACCCUACUUUGUUUUUGCUGGUUUACUUGGGGUGAUCUCCAUGCUUGUGUUAUCACUAGACAAGAAUUUAAAUCUGACAAUGUCCUUGCUGGCUCUGAUGGCGGGGAGUGCUGGAGUUGCAAUUGCCGAUGUAACAAUUGAUGCCUGUGUUACACAGAACAGUAUAAGACAUCCAUCCCUUGCCGGUGACAUGCAGAGCUUGUGUGGACUGAGCUCUUCAGUCGGGGCACUGGUGGGUUUUUCACUUAGUGGGUUUCUUGUUCACCUUGUGGGCCCUAAGGGUGUGUUUGGGUUGCUCAGCAUCCCUCCGGGGCUUGUCAUUUUGGUUGGGAUAAUGCAUAGAGAAUCUCGUGCGUGCAACUUUGCUUAUAAACAGGUCAGUGUAAAGUUACUGGAUGCUGGCAAGGCUAUGUGGACAACAUUAAAAUGCAGUAGUGUAUGGAGGCCUUGCUUAUACAUGUACUUGUCACUUGCUCUGGCCUUGAAUGUUCGUGAAGGAUUUUAUUGGUACACUGAUGCAAAGGGGGGUCCGUCUUUCUCCAAGGAGGUUGUCGGAUCCAUAUUCUCUAUUGGUGCUGUUGGCUCCCUUUUUGGGGUCCUUCUCUACCAGAACUUUUUAAAAAGUUACCCUUUCAGGGAUGUUCUUUUCUGGACUCAGUUGCUCUAUGGUGCUUCAGGAAUGCUAGACUUGGUAUUGGUGUUGCGCAUAAAUUUGAAAUUUGGUUUGCCAGAUUAUCUUUUUGUUGUCAUUGACGAAGCCAUUUCUAUGUUGAUUGGGCGUUUGAAGUGGAUGCCUCUUCUUGUACUUAGUUCCAAACUCUGCCCUGCAGGUAUAGAAGGUACUUUCUUUGCUAUACUGAUGUCCAUUGAUCAUAUAGGGAUGCUGUCAUCUACUUGGGCCGGAGGCCUCUUACUCCACAUCUUGAAUAUUACGCGGACACAGUUCGAAAAUAUUUGGAUGGCCAUUUUGAUCCGGAGUUUGUUGAGAAUUGUUCCGAUUGCGCUACUGUUCUUAAUACCUAGAAGCGAUCCCAACUUAACUAUUCUUCCAUCUGAGAUGUUGAGGACCAAAAAAGCCAACGAUGUACAUGAGUAUGAGACUCUUGAAAUGUCCUCCCUUCUCAAUGGCACUUGAUCAGAACUAGGGAUCUGUUAACUGCAGUGUCAAGGAAGAAUGGCUGUUGGGAGAUACUGGAGAAACAGUUUUUCAGAAUGUCGCAACCACAUCCCUGAGAGAAGGCAUUUUUGCACGUUAUCUAAUUAGCAUAAAGAAGAACUUGGACUCACAUACAACCACCCUUUUCCGCAACAGGUCUUUUUACUGUUAGAAUUAUGCUUUAAAGCCACACUCAUUUGACGUAAUAGUUUUCGGAAUACUUAUUAUGUACUCUUAUUUAGUUUCAAAGAAGAAUAAUGUUUGUUGUUAAUCACUACUUAAUGUAUUAUGUGUUUAAUCAAUAAUAUAAUUCAAAGAAUGUAAUCAACUUAAGUGACAAGUGAUAUAAGUGUGUUAGAUCAA